GAAAGCAUUUCUUCCUGUAUUUCUCUUGUACAUGGACCAUUUAUACCCAUUCUUCUAACUUUAAUUAGUAACUUCUCUUAGCUUCUCUCCACAUCAUAUCAUACGCUUUCUCUAUACUAAACAAUACUGCCACUACACUCUUUAGUCACAUGUGCCUUUCUAUUUUCAUGCUCUAAACAUAAUAUUUGAUCCAUUGUACUUCUCCCACUCCUAAAACCACUCUAUGUUUCUACAACUCUUUUAUUUUCCAUAUAGUGUGUUAACCUUUUGUUUAUCAUUCUCUCCAUUAUUUUACAGAUGUUGGAUGUUAAUGCUAUGGGCCUGUAGUUUCCUGGUUUUGUCUCAUCUUUCCCUGGUUUUCAUAUUGGUUUAAUCACUGCCUCCUUUCAGCUUAGUGGUAAUUCCCUAUCCUCCCAGACUCUGUUAUAUAAUUAUUAUACAAUGAUUUUAGAUUAUUCACUUUGAUUGCUUAUCAUUUCAUAACAAACCUGAUCUUUUCCUGGUGCAGAUAAUCUGGAUUUCUUAAGUGACUGAUUCAACUCUGCCGUUGUAAGCAGCAUAUUCAAAGAAUUGUUGGUGUAUUCCACUAGCUGCAAAAUCUCCCUGAUCUCCAACAUUGUCAUUCUCUUCCUUUUUUUCCGUCUUCACUAAUAUUAUCCAAACUAUACAUUUUAACAAACUUUUUUGCCAUCGUUUCCUCCAUUCUUCACAACUAUUACUUCUCCAUCAUUUAGCAUUUUAUAUCUAUUAUCAAUUUUAAUACCAUUCAUCCUUCUAAUCAUUGACCAUACCUUAGAAAUUUCUGACUUCCUCCCCACUGAAUUAUAAAAAACUGUCCCAUAAUCUCUCUUUGCAUUUUUAACGGGUCUUCUUACAUUAGCUUGUAAUUUCUUAUGUGCAAUCAGAUUAUCAGAGAUAUGAUUUCUUUUUAAUAACUUAAUAGCUUUAUUCAGGUUCCUAAUUGCUUUACAACAUUCUUUUGUACACCAGGAUACAAUCUUCUUUCCCCUUUUCCUAAUUUCUUCUUCAUAGCUCGACUAGCUGCUUCCAGUAUAGCAUUUCAUACAAAAAAAUUUAAAUCAUCACUUUUAUCAGUUAUAUCCAGUUUUUGCAUUUUUCCGUUACUAAUACACCGAAAGGUUUCCCAACCUGUAGCUAAAACACCAUUUCUGCACACCUGUUAUAUUAUACCUCUCUACAUUUAGCUUUCAGUCAAUAUAGGAUCACCUUCUAUGGUGGUUUCCUUAAUUACUUUCCAUGAACAACCACCUGCUAGCGAACCUGAAACUAAAGUGAAAUUGAUUAUUCUCUCAGUAUUAUCCCUAAAACUGAUUCUGGUACCACUCCCAUCAUUCAUUGUAAAAAUUGAUACUUGGAAGCUUCAAUUUUUUGUCCUGAUUUCAUUGAUAUUAUAUUCUAACUCUCUUUCUUUACCUAAAACUAUAUUGAAUUCCCUGUUUUAUGAAUGUUAUACACCCUCCUCAAGAGCCUCUCUCUCUGUCUCUCCUGAUGCUCUCAUGUCCUUUAUGACAAAAUCAAGGUUUGAUUUAAGCCAAGUUUCCUGAAUGCAUAUAAUAUCUGAAUCUUCUCUGAAUUCUUUUAUAAAUAAUUUAAACUCUUGUCCAUUUGCAAUUAAACUUCAGGCAUUCCACUGUAAGAUGAUCAGUUUAUCCUCUCUCCCUGUCCCCCUGCCUUCCCUUCUGCCGCCAGUCUGUUAUUUAAAUGCACCCAGGAUACUUCCUUUAGGCCAAAAAGCUCUUUGCUCCUUUCACAAUUUUUCUUUUCCUCUUUGUUUGUGCGUGAAGCACAAUCCGUACAAUUUAUCAAGUAGCCUAUGCAAUGAACAGUAUAAUCUUCCCAACAGUAAAUCCAGUGUCUGUUGCUGUUUGCCUUGGUUGAAAUCUCCUGAACAUUUUCCUUUUUCAUCUUUUGCCUUCCACGCUUUCUAGUGUCUGCAUGACACUAUUGACGGCUGAGACUUGCUCGAUUUCCGCUGCUUUUCUCCGGACCUCACUUCCCCUCCUUGUGGUAGGCAGCACAGGGUGACCUUUUUAAAUCUCCAUCGUCCUCUACCUGGGACGUCACUGCGGUCCAGUCACAAAACUAGUUUUAUUCCAACCGCCAAUGUUUGCGUUUUCCUCCGUCCGCCAACCGACGCAUGCGCACACGUCAUAUCUUUAAUGAAAUGCUUUUAUUUCGAAGGUAAAGCUACUCCACUUCCGUUAUGUCAACGUCACGUUCUUCUCUGUUUACGUAUGAAUCAUCUUUCCCAAGAUGGCGGUGGACCUGUUUCUCAGGCGAUGAUCCCUCUUAGUUUUGCGCAUUUAAAAAUAAUAAUAAUAACUGCUAAAAAUACGUUAGCAAACUGACGUCUGCGAGGGAAACCCUAGAGUGACCUGCACCGUCCAGAAUGUCCACUGAGGAGCUGUCAGCUUCGGAUAGCGAGGCUUUUUUCGCCGGCGCCGGGGAGCGAUGGGCACCGGUGGGCGCCGUGGCCAACCCCGAGGAGGAGAGCAGUAGUCAGCCGAGGCAGAGAAGCUCGUCGUCGGCCACCGAGGAGGAGAUGGCCUCCCGGCUGAUGAAGCUGGAAGAGGAGCAGGAUUCGUUGAAUUCGUCUCUUUUAGCCCUCACAUCGCACUUCGCUCAGGUUCAGUUCCGACUGAAGCAGAUAGUCCAUGCCCAGAGCGAGGAGAAGGAGAGGAUGCUCGCCGAGCUGGAGGAGUUCGCCUUCAGGGGCUGCCCGCAUGUGCUGGGCUGCAGGGCUCAGGAUGCCAAACAUCUGGAGAACUCGAGUGAGAGGGAGAAGAGGGAGCGCCUGGAAGCUCAGAGGGAAAAACAAAAGGAUCUGAUUUUCCAGCUGAAGACACAACUGGAUGAUCUGGAACGCUUCGCCUACCAGGAGGGCAGCUACGACUCUCUGCCGCAGUCUGUCGUCAUGGAGAGACAGAAGGUCAUCAUUGAUGAGUUGAUAAAAAAGUUGGAUGUGAAUUUGAAUGAGGACAUCGGUAACUUGUCCCCAGAGGAGCUGAGACAGCGGGUGGACGCUGCCAUCGCUCAGAUAGUGAACCCGGCCAGAGUCAAAGAGCAGCUGGUGGAGCAGCUAAAGACACAGAUCAGGGACCUGGAGAUGUUUAUCAACUUCAUCCAGGAUGAGGUAGGGAACCCUUUGUUGUCAGAUGGUGGGCGGAGUCAGCAGCCAAAGGCAGAAGGAACUAACGCCAGAUCUGCAGGAAUGAAAAAGAAAGUGGAUCCAGUGCAGGCCCAGAGGAUGCGGGACACGGGCCUGCAGCUCAUCCAGAAGGCUCUCGCUGUGCUACAGAUCUUUGCUGCCAGUCAGUUCGGCUGCUCGGCUGGCCAUGUCCCUCAGAAUAUGUGGCCCCAGGACUCAUCUAGUCGGGACUACGGGCCUUUGCUGCAGUGCCUGGAAGCAGCCGUGGAGAAGGUGCGAGUGCUUGGCUCGCGCCAACAUCCCUCCGUGGAACAUGUGGUCAGCUACAGCAGCAUGUCCACGCUCGGGGCUCGAGACGAGCUGACGACAGCUGUGAGGAAGGAGCUGGCAAUCGCUCUGAAAGACUUGUUGGCUCAUGGCCUGUUUUCCCCUUCGCAGACCAUGAGCCUGGUACUGGCCCCCAUUUCCUGCAUUCUGCCUUACAGACCAGCCCCACAAACAAUGCACCCCUGGGAACUCUUUGUGAAGUUUUACGAAUCCAAAAACGGGAAAGCCUUUGUGGAAUCACCAGCCCGAAAGCUCUCCCAGUCCUUCAGUUUGAACGUUGGUGGUGGCCCAGGGACAGUGACCCCGAAGCACUCACUGCUGUGGGCCAUCCACACGGUGCUGAAGGAGCACGGACGCUACAAGAGGGGGCCGGACAUUGAGUUCAAAGCUCUGGUGUGCAUGGCUCUCAACGAGCAGCGGCUUGUGUCGUGGCUCAACCUGCUGUGUAAAUCUGUCAGUCUGAUACAUCCGCAUUAUCAGUCCUGGAGCUACAUGGCCCAGACGGGCUUCGAGGGAGCCUUACGCAUUCUGGGCCGCAUCAGCCACCUCAGGUUCAACCUGCCGGUGGACCUGGCUGUGCGGCAGCUCAACAACAUAAAAGAUGCUUUCUGAUGAGCCUCAUAAUUAAAGCAUUUUAUCAAUUUGUGUUCAGGACCAAAAGCAUGAAUCUGUUGGCAUUCUUUAACCCUUUAAAGGUUGUUUACGUGUGAUGUCAGCAGUGUGUGCAUGGAUGUGGUGUUAAUAUGCAUAUCCCACUAAGAUGACAGCGCUGCUUGUACUGUAAACAUGCCUUAGAGCUGAAACUGCGAUUACCUCACCUUUAGUAAGUCUUCUCGUAAGAUCUUUGACCUGUGCUCAGCAGCAUGCAUCUUCCUCUGCUCUACCUGAUAGUGCCCUAAACCUAUGCAGCAAACAUUAUGAGGGAAAGUAGUGAUGGAUAAUUAAAACUGAACAGAAACAUUCAUGGGAAGUUCUUGUUUAUAGCUUAAAUUGUGUUGGAUGCUGUUACCCAAGCAGGAAACCUUUGUGGAGCACACUGCAUCAAAAUAAAAGCUCUCUGUCCGUGUCAAACAAAAACUGUCCGUGCUGUGUGACGUUCCUAUAAACAGGAAGCUUUUUCCUGAAUGUGUUCUUGUGUUUCAGUUUUGAGUGUUUUCAACUUGACUGAGCUGCUGUAUGAGAUAUGAGUAAAACUCAUAAAUGGGAAUACGUUUUAUUCCAGAUUUUCUUUUAUCUUCCAUUAACAGCGAAUCAUAUCUGUAAAAACCUGAAUGUAUGAACCAUAGAUGCUAUUUAACUGAGGUUAGUUUAUAUUUGUUGUUUAUUUUGUUUAUAACAUUAAAUCCUGUGUUUGUGUGAUGUGUAUGUAUCAAACAUUCAGUUGUAUUCUCAUUGUGGAGCACUUUUUCCACCUUCAGUUGUGUUUUGGGUAUAUUUACUACACACUAUCCUACAUUUUCUUUUUCCUGUUUUUGUUUUUUUGUUUAGAUGCUUGUUUAUUAGAUAAACCACUUUAAACACUUAAAGUUGCAGCUGUGCUGUAACUAGCAUUUCAGUCCUGGAGCAUCACAUGGGAUUUAAAUUUAAAAUAAUUUAUGCUAUAUUUAAUUAAUCAAAGAUUAUAUAUCGGAAGAUAUUAAAUUUGUUUUGGUUUUAUUAGAUUUAAUGUAAACCUGCAGUAAAAUAAACCAAGUAUAGUAAAUGAAA